AUGCCGAGUCUUGGUCGUAAUAAAGGUCAUCCCAGGUCGCGCAAGUCGGAUGAUGAGUUUGUAAUAUUCCUUCAAGGCAUUCCACCUCAUUGCCGCUGGCAAGAACUCAAGGACCUCGUGCGCCAAACUGCACUGCAUAUUCGCCAGGCAGUAGUAUACGAUGAUAACCAUGGAACCCCCACUGGAAUCGGCCAAAUCAUCGUCAAAAAUGAAGACGAGGCCUGGCGAACGUACCGUAUGUAUUAG